CUAUAUUCCUCUCUCUCUCUCUCUCUUCAUUGAACACAGUCCUCUCUAAGUAUCAAAUGCAGAAAGAGGAUUGUUAUGGCGGUAUCAACAACAACAACAACGAAGGAACUACCGCUACAGUCACGAACUCAUCAACAUUCCGACCUCGCAAUACUCAUCAUCUCUCUCAGCAUCAAUUCAACGAAACCGAUUUCAACUCAAACUCAUUGCAUCAAUCAAUGUUAGAGCUAAAUCGGAGAUCCAUGUCGGUUACAUCUUCUGAAUGCUACUCUCACUAUGAAACCGCACACGCCUUAUCAGCUGCUAACCGUCUGAAGGAAGCUCAAUUCGUUCUCGAGUACCAGCAACUCUACAACCGGUACUCGCUGUUAAUUACUCGUUUACAGGAAUCACUAAGAGAAGCUGGAUCUAUUCGCCAAGAGAAUGACGAUCUACGUAUCGUCAACACUGAUUUGAUGAAACGCCUAAAUCUUCUAUCACAGGCUACUAUCCAGAAUAGCCUUCUCUCUAAUCGACGAUCAUCUCCUCUGUCUAUUAUAAACAAUUUCAAUCAUCUCAGCCUUGGAGCAAAUGUAUCAGACGAUCUUGUUUCAGCAGAAAUUGUCCAUCCAAAUACUACUACAUCGGUUCGUUCAAGGGAUUAUCUGAAUAUUUCUCAGCGUGGCGGAAGCAAAGGAAAGAAUCCUGCAGCAUCUGGAAGUGGAGUACAGCAAAGAGUUUAUCCAGGAGGUGAGCAGGACGAUGAUGCACACACGAGUUCCAGGUAUACAACUAGGGUUUGAUGAUGAUGAUGAUGAUGUUCAUGACUGACUAUGCAGCAAGUGAGAGAACUCGCCGGAAAACUCGCCGGUAAACAGGUUUGCCGAAUUGUUUGAUAUAGUUUUAUUAUCUGCUUUAUUUCAACAACUUAUCAUAAUGAUGCAUACAAUUAAUGAUGAAUAGUUUUAUCAAUUUCAUGAUAUGAUAAUUACUUACUUGAUUAAGUCGUAAUCUAAUU